CAGAAUUGAGCAUCUUUAAGAGGCACAGUCCACACAGCUCCACAGGAAAACACAGAACACCAAACCCCCUGUCUUUAAACACAAUGGCUAACAGCAAAGAAGUUGUGUCAGUCACCUCUGCAUGGAGCACAGGGUUCAUUGAGGAGCUCCUCCCGUCAUCUCAGCAGGUCUCCCUGCUGUACCACCUCUCCUACCUGUGUCUGGCUAAAUUCCCAAAAUUGGAGAGGCUGCUCCGGAUGCGAGCAGUGGAGACCCAACUGCUCUUCGGAUCCUCUGAAGCUGUUCUGCUGAAGUGUGUGGGCACCAGUCAGAACUUAAUUUCGUCACUGUUUCCCAUGCUGACUCACGCUGUUGAGAAAAAUAAACCAACAAUGGCCAUAAAGUUCCUGGAGAAAGCAAGAACAUGGAUCAAUGAAAUUAUCCGUGAUGUGGAAAAGAUGGUGGAGAGGUAUGACAUACACAACAGAGAUGUGGCUACGACUACCAGUGACAUCAUCACUGAAAAGAAAGAGACUGAAAAACAACUUACUCAGCUCUCCCAGGAGACUGAAGCAAUGAAACAGGAGAUUAACAAGCUUGAAGCCGAGCUGAAUAAAACCACUGCACAGCUCACAGAAACGGAGAGGCAGAUUGAUGCCAAAAAUCGUGAGCUCCAGAAUCAUGUAAGAGAUGCGGCUGCUAAAAGCAGUAGCCUUAGCAUCUUUGCUGCCAUUGUGCCUUUCAUUGGUCCGAUUAUUAAGUCUAUUUGCGAGGCAAAAACUGCUCCUGGUGUUGCUGAAAAAACCAAGGCUCUUGAAUCAGAACUAAAUCGACUCAGUGCUGAAAAGAUUUCUGUGAAACAAAGAGAGUGGAACUUGCAGGUCCAGACAAUCGACUGGCGGAUGAAGCUGGCCAAACUACAGAUCGACAAAGAUUCUAUCCCUGAACCAACCCACCUUGGAGAAGUCCAGCGUUUUCUGACUAAAAUCCAGAAGAUUCUUAAUGAGCUUAAACGCUUCUGGGAAAACGUCUACAGCUUGCUGGGCACCAUCAAAGACCAGACCUUUGUCGGUGAAGAUAUUGUUGAAGACGCGGACUUUAAGGAUGUCUUUUUGAAGUCAAUCUGUAAAGCCUCAGAGAUGUGGGCAUUUUUUGGCUGCUCCUGUAGUAAAGCUGUUCAGAUAUUCAGAGUGCAGUCCAAGGAUGCCUACAAAUUCCUGGAGAUCGAACCGUCCUCCCUCUCCCAGGAUGUGUGGCAGAAAGAGUACGACCGUGUGAAAAACCAGCUGCAGCAACUUAAGGUCUCUUUUGACCCGCCAUCAACAUCAGCCAUCCAAAACUGAUGAUGUAAAUGCUAAUGUGCAUUUCCUUGUGAGGCCAUCAGAUGAGCUCGUCAGUUGAGAUUAGUAGUAGUCAAACUGUAAGAAAUUGCUAUAUAAAGCAAUCUAAUUACUGCUAUGACUCACUUCUAUAUGCACCUCCUUAGCAUACUUAGCUUUUAUUUUAAUUUUUUUGGGCGGUUUGCUUCUGCAUUUCUUUCCAGCCACUGAGUUUUUCACCUUAUCAACCUUAACUAUGUUAAAAUCUUUUUUUAUCUGUUCUAAUGAGGACCCACUGAGAGAGACUGUGUCCUGUCUGCACUCUCCAGUGUUUAUUAUCGAUAUAUUGAUUCUCUGUGGUAAAUAUGUAUCCAUUGAUUUGCUGUGAUCAGCUGUGUUAUCUGUGGUAUAAUCAUCUAUAAUCUGGUGUGAUUUUGAAUGUAGAUGUGUUGUGAGCGAGUUUGCAGCUCAAUGUUAAACAGGACAAAACCAUUUAACAUGCUCAACAUGGUUUAGACCUCUUCCCAAAGAACAGCCUGGGAGCUCAUUGUCCCAGAGUUUGUGUCCCUCUCUUACAGGUCACGUUGUGCCAAAGAAGGUAAUGGCUGUGCUAAAAGAACAGCACAUGCUCUCUUUGACGAAUGUCCAAAUAUGUUCAGAUCAGUUUAUGCAAAUGGAGACACUCCAGUUUUAUUUUUUUUAUCAUGCUCGAGUCUCUCUGAUUUAUGUCUUGUUUCUUUGUUUCACUCUUUACUUUCCUUUACCUUCUGCUACAAUUCGCUUUUGAACAUUUAAUCAAUGUUUUUUGCAUGAUUCAUCAUUUUUCUCUACAGCAUUAAAAAACCUGUUUUUGUCUGAUGAAUUGUCCUAAUAAAUCUG